AUGUCUGAGACGAAGGAAUAUACCUAUGCUGAGGCGGCGGAACAUAAGACGAAGAAGGAUUUGUUUAUGGUUAUUCAUGAUAAGGUUUAUAACGUUUCGUCUUUCGUUGAUGAACAUCCUGGUGGAGAAGAAGUCCUUCUCGAUGUCGGAGGACAAGACGCAACCGAAGCAUUCGAGGAUGUUGGACACAGUGACGAAGCACGAGAAAUCCUCAAAGGUUUACACAUUGGUACUUUGAAGCGCGUGGCUGGCGACCCAGCACCAAAACCCCAAACCACAACCGCCUCUCCAACCUCAUCCCAAGACGAGACUGGAAUGGGUAUCGGUCUCUACGCUAUCAUUCUCAUCGGUGGACUUGCUGCUUUCGGUGCUUACAAGUAUAUGUUGACUCAAGAAGGUGCUGUCCAAGCAUAG